AUGCUGCUGUCCAUCAACCCCUUCAAGCCUCUCAGCAUCUACACUGAGGAUCUGAGAGAGCAGUACCAGGGUAAAGAAAAGCACAGUAAUCCACCUGGACAAAGUGGAUCAGGCAAGACAGAGGCUGCAAAGCUCGUUGUCCAUUACCUGAGUUCUAUGUAUCAGGGCAGAAAUGAUAAAUUACGCCAGCCAAUGGAUGUUUUACCAGUUCUUGAGAGCUUUGGUAAUGCAAAGACCAUACUGAACAACAACUCCAGCCGAUUUGGAAAGUACCUACACAUCCACAUACGCCAUGGUGUUGUUGUUGGGACGUCUUUGUCAAAAUAUCUCCUUGAGAAAUCAAGAAUCGUCUUCCAGGCUAAGGAGGAGAGAAACUACCAUGUGUUUUAUGAACUGUUGGCCGGGAUGAAUGAGUGGGACAAGCAGGAUCUUUACCUGCAAGGAGCUGAAACGUACUUCUACCUCAACCAGGGCAGGGCUUGUGACCUACAAGGGAAGCAUGACAAGCAAGACUUCCUGCUUUUGGUCCACUGCCUGGAGACUAUUGGUUUACAUGCUGAUCAACUUGCAACCAUUUGGGCCAUUCUGUCAUCGAUCCUGCAGCUGGGCAACAUUUGCUUCAGCUCCUAUGAGGAAACAACUUAUGAUAGGAUCUACUGCCCUCUAUCCGUGGAAAGUGCCAUUGAAUCCAGGCUACAGACCACACGUUCUUGCAGAAAUGUCACUAUCACCAUGGCAACAGUCCCUACUACACCAAGCCCAAAAUUCCUCUGCCAGUGUUCACAAUAUAUCACUAUGCAGGGGCUGUCACGUACCAGGCAAGUGCACAACUUUCUAAAUAAAAAUCAUGACCAGUUUCGCCCAGAAGUAUUAGAGCUUUUUGCCCGCAGUCGUUUACAGAUAGUGUCGGGUCUCUUCCGGAAGGUUCAAGAGCGUUACGUCCAACAGAAAGAGCUGGGAAGAGCAAGAGGUUACCGGAACCAGAUGUCAACUGUAGCUGCUCAUUUCCAGCAGUCACUUAUAGAGCUCACCACUCGUUUGGAGAGGUGUAAAACUACAUUUAUACGAUGCUUUAAGCCAAACUAUGUUAAGCUUCCAGGCAUAUUUGAUGUAGACUACAUAACCACACAGCUAAGGCAUGGAGGGAUACUGGAGACCAUUCACAUACGAAAAGAAGGAUUUCCAAUUCGCAUCCCUUUCGCUCUGUUCAUGGAGAGAUAUGGUGUAUUAUUGGCCCAGAGACCUGCACACCAGUCUUGUAAAGAGCAAGUAGUGACUUUACUGGAGACUAUAGGAGCAGAGGAAGGCCAUUACCAACUAGGACUCACUAAAGUGUUUAUGAAGGAGAGUCUGUACCAGCGGGUGGAGGAGAAAUGGAGCAGCACUCAAACAUGGGCGGCAGUCACCAUCCAGAGGAACAUUCGCGGCUUCAUCUGCCGAAGAAACUUUCGUUUCUUUAAACAGAAGGCUAUCGUCAUCCAGUCCCACAUCAGGGGCCACCAGGCCCGGAAGUACUACAAGAAAUUGAAGCAGUCCUUCACUCAGUUUUGGGCAGCUAUGAUGAUCACCAGAAACACCAUCAAGAAACGUCAUUGGAAGGAUGUGGGAAUAUUGGAGAUCCCGGCAGAACUGUCGGCCCGAUUACGCAGUGCAGCAGGACGUCCUCAAGGAUCAGGAGUAACAGAAGUAGCUCUGCCGCAGGUCAAAGCAGACCACAACCUCUCACUGCCCCAAGACAUUAACAGACACCCUUUCUCCCAAUAUGCCAACACAGUCCUGAAGGAUGGAUGGUGCCAACCGCAGCGUUUCCCGCUUCAGAAGCCUUUGACUUCUCUGGACUAUGAUGAUGCCCGUACAGCUCUAGAAAUCUACAAACUGAUCCUGCGUUUCACAGGUGACUCUGAUCUGACUGGAUGGCAAGAGCAGAUGUUGGGGAACUACAUCGUGGAGAAGAGCCAAUCACAGCCCAGCAUCGGAGAUGAGAUUCUAGCUCAGCUGGUUUACCACACUUGGGACGGGGAUAAUGAGGAGAGUACCCUGCGGGGCUGGUUGCUCCUGGCCUGCUGUCUGAGUGCCUUCACACCCUCUCCAGCCUUGGAGAAACCCCUCCUUAAGUAUGUGUCUGACCGAGGUCCAGGGGAGUACCGCUCUCUGUGCCAGCACAAGCUCCUCACAUCCCUCCAGCUCCCCUCCCCUGCCUGCAGACGAUACCCUCUGAGUCAACUCGAGUGGACAGCCAAUCAGAGAAAAGGAAAGAUGGUGGUGGAGGUUAACACUUUCAAUGAGGAAAGGUUAACUGUGGAAGUGGAGUCUUGGACCUCAGGGGAACAACUGUCCUCUUGGCUUCUUAGCUACAGGGGUCUGACUGAAGCUACACGGGGCUGGUCUGUGUCUCUGCUGGCUGGGGAGGGUUGGACCGACCUGGCAGGCUGUGACUUUGUAAUGGAUCUCUUGGCUGGAGUGGAGGCUGAUGUGCCCCUGGGUCACCCACCCACUCAAACCGAUUACCUCUUUGGCAACACAGGUGACAGGAUGGCAACUACAGACCUGGAUGACUUUAUACCUCCUGCUCCCUCUAUGCAAGCCCCUGGUCUCCCACCCUUUGAAGCAUACCCAUGGGACACCUAUGAACCCUCUUCCACAUCCCAGGGAUCUCGUGGUCGACAGAUGGAUUCUUACGUUGAUGACCUUUUUGAUCCUGUGUUUGAUCAGGGUCCUGGGGACUUUGAAAGGUUGGCCAUGCUGAAUCGUAGAAUGAGAGGAGGAGGAGGCAUGAUGCCCAGCAUGUAUGCCGGAGCAGGAAUGCCAAUGAAUCCUGCCAUGGCUGGCUAUGCUGCCACACCAAUGAUGCCAAACAUAAUGCCCGCUACUAUGCCCAUGAUGCAACAAAUGCAACCCAUGCAAUCUAUGAUGAUGCCAACUGCCAUGCCACAAGCCAUACCUGCUGCAGCACCGGCUGUCAACACACAGCACAUGGAGGCUCAGCAACAGGCCUUUAUCAAUCAGCAGGCUCUGCUUUUGGCUCAGCAGAUGACCAUGCAGGCGAUGACACUGUCCCAGAAGCAGCAGCAGGAAGAGGUGCGAAAACGCGAAAAGGAGUCACAGAGACAGUCACCACGUCAGCGGCGGCGCUCUCCUCCACGUGCACGUUCACCUUCACGCUCACCCUCACCCAAACCCCGAAGCCGCCCCCAGGUAGAAAGAGCCAUCCCUCAGACCCCCAAAAAAGCCUCAGAGACCCUUCCAAAGCCCCGCAGGCCAGAGGCACAGCCUGAGACAGAGUUAGUUCACAAGGAAGAUCAAGGAUCCUUUCAAGAUAAGAGGGAUUUUUUUCUAAAGAUUGGUACGUCAGAAGCACGCCCAAAGCCUGUGUCAAAGGUUGCUAAACCACUGAUAUACGCCACUCCACCGGUGACCCAACCCAGAUCACCUCCACCGGUAAAGACUGAAGUGAAUCCACUCCCAGUACCUCCUAACAUCCAAGAACCUGAACCAGAACCAGAAUCUCCAGAACCGACAUCUCCUAAACCAGAACCUACUAGUAAAAUUAGAGAGAUCAUCAAGCAGUACCAGAGCCGGCCCUCUCCAGAACCUAAAGUCUUCGAGCCUGUCAGGGUUCCGGCCAAGCAAUUUCUAAAGAAACAUGACCCCAAAGAUGAGGCGCUGGCCAUUCUCAAAUCUCAGGGACCUGUCACUCAGCAGAAGAAACAGUGGGAAGAGAAGCCUCCUUCACCUCCUCAGCCCCCUGAGUCCCAUGGGCCUCGUGCCAUCUCUAACAAUAUGAAACAGAAGCAGCAUUCACUAGCUGAUCUCUUCGGCUCGCAGCGUUCGCAUGCUCUGCCUCGAGCUCGUGAGCCCAUCCCUCCUCCAUCUCCCAGCAUCCCCGACCCACCACUGAUGUCUCCACCUGGACCUAAUCAGUUCAACAGGAUGGAUGAGGAGGAGAGUGUUCGCUCCCAAUUGCACAGAUUCUCUGCCAGCGUUUACUUUUCCUACCCCAGUAUGCCUGGCAAACUCUUCCUGCGCAAGGAGCUGUUUUAUCCCAGGGAAAAAUUCAACCACCCAUACGUACUUAAUUUACUCUGUGAGCAGAUCAUGCGAGACACUUACUCAGAUUCUUGUCCGAGGAUUUCACGUGAAGAAAGGCGUAAAAUGAAAGACCUUUUGGCGAGCUUCCCUAUCAGAACCAGUAUCAGUUCACUAGAUGAUGCUAUGAAGAAAAGAAUUGUCAUGGCAGCAAGAGACAACUGGUCCAAUUAUUUUGCACGUCUCUUUAAUGUGAAGGUGGGGAACGGAGGAGAUGCUCAGAUUCUGGGAGUGUCGCAUAGAGGAAUCAGACUGCUGAAGGUGGCCAGAGCUUCAGGCAUAAACCCCAAACACCUCAAACUGCUCCACAGCAGCAGUUUUUCACAGGUUUUGUCAGUACAGCAGCAAGGGGCUGGAAAAGUCGUGAUCACUUUGAGUAAUGAGGAGUUGGAACUUCACUCUCAACAGGCACCACAGAUCGCUGCUGUGAUUCAUCUCUUCCUCAUGGAGCUGAUUACGAACUCAGACUAUGUGAUCGCUGUGAAGAGCUAUGUGACAGAUGACAAGAGCUUGCUGUCCUUUCACAGAGGCGACGUCAUCAAAAUCCUGAACAUGGACGGCCUCAAGGAUGGAUGGAUGUUUGGUUCCAGUGGGGGCCGUUCUGGAAUCCUUCCGGUGGAUGUCACUCAGCCUUGUGCCCCACCAGACUACCACAGCAGCAACAUGGAGCGGCAGCUUGAGCGGAAAAAGAGUAUGAGACUCACCGGCUCUUCCCUCAAUGGCCCUGUCACUAACAUGCCUGUCAAUGGCUCCGUUUCCAACACCCCUGUUACCCGCUCAGUGGCUGGCAGUGAAUACAGUGUGGAAGUGGGGUUCAUCCAGAGAUCUGAAUCAGAACGUCAGAAGUAUAUCAUGACUGAGUUUGCCAAGAAGUUCUUCACAGAUGCUAUCAACAGGUGA